AUGGCUUGGCGAGCAGCUGCGGCGGCUCAGCUCCUGCUCGGGCAGCUCAGCUUCGUCUCGCUGCGGCUCUCGGGUGUGGGUGCCCAGACGAAUCCUGCCUUCCAGCUGUGGCAACCCCAGGACAAGGUGUCGGUGGUCGUGGGUGGCACACUCACCCUGACCUGCACCACGUCUGGAGCGGGUCCCGCUGGUCCCACGAAGUGGCUGAAGGGCUUGGGCAGCGAGAAUGAGACUAUUUAUGACCAGAAUAGCCCCCCCCCACCCCGUGUGACAAGGAUAGAGCCUUGGUCCAACACGGAUUUCAGCAUCCACAUUGGGAACGUUCACCCUGAGGACGCCGGCACCUAUUACUGCAUCAAGUUCCGCAAAGUGCUGGGCCGUGGGGAUGAGGUGUUCCAACAGGGAAAGGGCACCGAGGUGUCCCUGCAUGACGUAGCCCUGGUUCCCAGCACGGUGGCUGUAAUUGUAGUGCUCUGCCUCCUCCUCCUCCUCAGCCUCUUCAUCGCCUUUUACAUGUACAGGAGGAAGCACCAAGGUCAGGCAGAGAACCAGAGCCUGGACGGCAAAGUCCUGGAUGCAGAGACCUCACAACUGCCCAGCCAGCAGCAGAGCAGCAAGGAGCCCCAGGAGAUCCACUACGCUGAGCUGCAGCCCCUGCCCAAGGCCCCGCGGCGCAGCAAGAGACCCGUCAGAGCCAGCCCCGAGUACGCCAGUGUCCGGGUGGCUGCCAAGUGA